UUAUUUCAUUCAUUUUAGUCCCCAUAAAAAUGCUUUCCCACAUUUCUCACACCUCUUCUUCCACCGCUGGUUUCUUCCUCUCUUCCACCGCCAAAUCUCUUAAACCCAAAUUACCUUUUUACCCUUUUCAUUUCCCAAUUCAACAAAAACGACACCGUUUUGUUUUUUCUCCAACUAUGGCUACUUCAAUGGAUUCAGUUCUUGAUGAUUUAAAGAAACAAAACUUAAAAGGAACUGAAAAUGUUAAUAUUAGGAGUAAAUUAAGUCUUGAAGAACUUAAUUGGGAUAAUUCUUUUGUUCGUGAAUUGCCUGGUGAUCCUAGAAAUGAUAAUAUUCCAAGACAGGUGUUGCGUGCUUGCUACACAAAAGUGUUACCCUCUGUACCGGUCAAUAACCCUCAGCUUGUAGCAUGGUCAGAAUCAAUGGCGGAGUUACUUGAAUUGGAUCCUAAAGAAUUUGAGAGGCCUGAUUUUCCCUUUAUGUUCUCGGGGGCGUCACCAUUGGUGGGAGCGAUACCUUAUGCCCAAAAUUAUGGAGGACAUCAGUUCGGCACGUGGGCAGGUCAGUUAGGGGAUGGUAGAGCAAUAACUCUUGGAGAGAUUUUGAAUUCAAAGUCGCAAAGGUGGGAGCUGCAGCUUAAGGGUGCCGGAAAAACCCCCUAUAGUCGCUUCGCUGAUGGUCUUGCAGUACUUCGUAGUAGCAUCCGGGAAUUCCUUUGCAGUGAAGCAAUGCAUGGCCUUGGAAUCCCGACAACACGAGCACUUUGUCUAGUGACGACAGGAAAAAAUGUCAUGAGGGAUAUGUUUUAUGAUGGAAAUCCCAAAGAUGAACCUGGUGCAAUUGUUUGCAGAGUUGCCCAAUCUUUUCUGCGUUUUGGUUCUUAUCAAUUGCAUGCCUCCAGAAGUAAAAAGGAUCAUGAGAUCGUCCGUGCUUUGGCAGACUACGCCAUUAGAUACCACUUCCCCCAUUUGGAGAGUAUGAGUAAGAGUGAAAGCAUAUCAUGCAACACGGGCGAGGAAAAUUCAGCUGUGGAUUUAACUUCAAACAAAUAUGCAGCAUGGGCAGUGGAAGUUGCUGAGCGGACUGCUUCCAUGAUAGCCAGGUGGCAGGAUGUCGGUUUCACACAUGGAGUGAUGAAUACUGAUAACAUGAGCGUGUUAGGACUUACCAUAGAUUAUGGCCCCUUUGGGUUUUUAGAUGCUUUUGUUCCGAGUUACACACCAAAUACCACUGAUCUUCCUGGCAGAAGAUAUUGUUUCGCAAAUCAGCCAGAUGUAGGUUUAUGGAAUAUUGCACAGUUUGUCUCUGCCCUAUCUACUGCUGAGUUGCUAAGUGAUAAGGAGGCAGAUUAUGCCAUGGAAAGAUAUGGAAACAAAUUUAUGGAUGAUUAUCAAGCUAUCAUGACUAGAAAACUUGGUCUGGCGAAGUACAAUAAAAAGUUGAUUGGUGAACUACUCAAGAAUAUGGCCAUGGAUAAAGUUGAUUACACAAAUUUCUUUCGAUCUCUAUCAGACAUCAAAGCCGAUCCUGCAAUUCCAGAAGACCAAUUGUUGGAUCCUCUUACAGCUGUUCUCCUAGAUAUUGGUAAGGAACGCAAGGAAGCCUGGACAAGCUGGGUAAAGGCCUAUAUACAAGAGCUUUCUACAACCGGUAUAUCAGAUGAGGAGAGGAAAGUUUCAAUGAAUUCUGUAAAUCCGAAGUACAUCCUCAGAAACUAUCUAUGCCAGAGUGCCAUUGAUGCAGCAGAACAAGGCGAUUUUGGGGAGGUUCGGCAGCUAUUGAAGGUUAUGCAAUGUCCAUUUGAUGAACAACCCGGCAUGGAGAAAUACGCACGCUUGCCUCCAGCUUGGGCUAAUCGUCCUGGUGUAUGCAUGCUUUCUUGUUCCUCAUAAGGCUUCCACUAUGUAAUACAAGAGUUUUAACUUGUAUAUAACAGAAAAAGUCAGUUUUUCAUUGUUGUAGUAAUAUGUAAAAGGUAUAGCUGCCUCUUUUGCCAUGUUCUUGUUUUCUGGUCAUAAGUACGCAACAAUGUAAUGUAAGUAGAGUGGUCUUGUAGCCCCGAUUCAUGGAGAUUAAAGCUGUUUUACGCUAAAAGAAAUCUUGUGAUUGCAUUUCCACGCACGGGUUGUUA